GCAGAGAGGUUUGGUCUUUACUGCGGCUGCUGGUGAGGCUGUGACGCCGAGUUCUCAGCUUCCCGCCGAUCCUGUCCAGACGCUCCGUCUUGGUCAUAGCCGACUGCCCCAACACCCUUCCCUGAGCUCCCCUUGCCACCACACACCCUAAACCUGUGUGCAGGGUCCGACUCCAUGGACCCCGAACCUCACGAACCCUCGACCGGCGUCGACUUGGUUCCGCACCAGCCUCCCAGCGAGCACUCGGGGCCUGGUGCUCAGGGUCCCAGCGCGGGGGGCAACUCAGGCACCAUGAGCCAGGACACCGAGGUGGACAUGAAGGAAGUGGAGCUGAACGAGCUGGAACCCGAGAAGCAGCCGAUGAACGCGGCGUCUGGGGCAGCCGUGGUCGUGUCGAGCGGCCCCGAGAAGAAUGGUCUGGUGAAGAUCAAGGUGGCCGACGAUGAGGCAGACGCGGCAGCAGCCAAGUUCACGGGCCUGUCUAAAGAGGAGCUGCUGAAGGUGGCGGGAAGCCCCGGCUGGGUACGCACCCGCUGGGCGCUGCUGCUGCUCUUUUGGCUCGGCUGGCUGGGUAUGCUGGCGGGCGCCGUGGUCAUCAUCGUGCAGGCGCCACGCUGCCGCGAGCUGCCCGCGCAGAGCUGGUGGCACAAGGGCGCCCUCUACCGCAUUGGCGACCUUCAGGCUUUCCAGGGCCGCGACGCGGGAGACCUAGCGAGCCUGAAGGGGCAUCUUGAUUACUUGAGCACCCUGAAGGUGAAAGGUUUUGUGCUGGGCCCAAUUCACAAGCACCAGAAGGAUGACCUCGCAGGGACCGACUUGGAACAGAUCGACCCCGCUUUCGGUUCUAAGGAAGAUUUUGACAGUCUCCUGCAAUCGGCUAAGAAAAAGAGCAUCCGGGUCAUUCUAGACCUCACUCCCAACUAUAAGGGCCAGAACUCAUGGUUUGACGCCACUCAGCUUGACACUGUGGCUGCCAAGAUGAAGGAAGCUCUGAGUUUUUGGCUGCAGGCCGGUGUGGAUGGGUUCCAGGUUCGGGACGUGGGGGAUCUGCCAGGCGCGUCUUCAUUCCUGGCUGAGUGGCAGAACCUCACCAAGAGCUUCAGCGAGGAUAGGCUCUUGAUUGCAGGCACCGACUCCUCUGACCUACAGCAGAUCCUGAGCCUCCUCGAACCCACCAAGGACCUGUUGUUAACUAGCUCGUACCUGUCCAACUCCUCUUUCACGGGGAGGCAAACCAGUUUCCUGGUCACGCAGUAUUUGAACGCCACUGGCAGUCGCUGGUGCAGCUGGAGUUUGUCGCAGGCGGGGCUCCUGACCUCCUCCGUGCCGUCUCACCUCCUCCGGCUCUACCAGCUGCUGCUCUUCACUCUGCCGGGGACCCCAGUGUUCAGCUACGGAGACGAGAUUGGCCUGGAGGAAGCUGUCCUCCCUGGACAGCCUGUGAGGGCCCCGGUCAUGCUGUGGGAUGAAUCCAGCCUUCCCAGCACCUUAGGACCUGUGAACAGCAGCGUGACUGUGAAGGGCCAGAGCGGAGACCCUGGCUCGCUCCUCUCCCUGUUCCGCUGGCUGAGUGAUCUGCGGGGGAAGGAGCGCUCCCUGCUGCACGGCGACUUCCACGCGCUCUCCUCGGGGCCCGACCUCUUCUCCUACAUCCGCCAGUGGGACCAGAACGAGCGCUUCCUGAUAGUGCUCAACUUCGGGGAUGUGGGCCAGCCUGCCAGGCUGGGGGCCUCCAGCCUGCCCUCCAGUGUGGAUCUGCUGCUCAGCACCCAGCCAGGCCGCAAGGAGGGCACCCCUCUCAAGCUGGAGCACCUGAACCUGGAGCCCUAUGAGGGGCUGCUGCUCCGCUUCCCCUAUGUGGCCUGACCCCGACCCCCUGACCUCCCCCACCCCCAGGCUCUUUGGGUUCUGGUUUCUCUCUUCUUUUCUUUCUUUCUUUCUUUCUUUUUUUUUUUUUUUGACUGUUACAGAUGAACUCCCAAAUAGGGCGUUUUCUGCUUCAAAUAAAUGUCAGCCCUGCCUGGUGA